UUCAGAAAAGGUAUAUUCUUAUUGGAAGAAACUAGGAAAAGAGCAAGCCAGGUACGGGACAGUCUCCAACAAUGAGAUUAUCAAGGAUAAGAGUGCUCGACUUGAGAGCUGGGCCGAAUACUUUGGAGGUCUGAUCAAUGUUGAGGGUCCAUUUUACACACGGGACCAACGGCUUAAACGUCUCAUCCGAAGACUGUGUGUUUUUGAUACUUGCAUCUCAGCCCUCCAGCUGAAACACAAGGAGCAGCGAUGGGAAUUGAAACAGGGAGUGCGUGAACUUCUCAUUAGUUACGCCAAAUAACGGCGUUAGUUAAACCUGGUGUUUGUUUUAGAUCUAAGCCUAGCUAAAGAUAGGCAAAGGAAUUUUCACAUUUUCUUUUCCAACUAUAAAAGAUUCACUAUUAUUUCUAGAAAUGUUUGUCACACACAAUGAAGAAGGUCUAGAUCAUAAUAACAAUACUCUCUGACGUCACACCACAUGCGCAUUCAUCCAUGAACCCUAAAUCAUAUGAAGUAGCUCUAUUAUUAUUUGAAUGUACAUAAUACGAUUGCUUUGGACUAUUUUCGAUCAAACAGCAUAACCCACAGUAAUUGUGUAUGGAUAAACCAUUUGAGUUUACACUACGUCUCUCCGUGUGGUUGGAUUAGUUAUCGUAACUUAGGGGUUAUUUCAAUAUCUGUAAGUUUACUUUUGUCGGAUGAGUACCGAAUGGGAAAGUGAAAGCAUCUCAAAAUAAUGAUCUAAUUUCGAAACAAUUUUAUGGAAUCAGUUCACAAUUCGUCGCACGAUUCGCAACGCGAUGUACGUGAGCAUUCGUAAGAAAAUGGGUUCUACACUUUCAUUUUUCGUCUUAAUGACAGUACCACUCUUCUGUAAUGGCCAGCAACUGAAUUUUUCUACCAUAGCUACAAUAACCACAAUGGAACCGGACAGAAAUGAAAUUAUAGCAUGGCUAGAAGACCUUUCAACAGACACACUCGUAGUGGUCGUUGCAGCAGCUGUCGUAUUGGUAUUAUUGUUAAUAGUUUGCGUACUGUUCUGCAUAUGCUACUCCUGCUGUAAGCGGCGUUACACGUAUAGUCCGCAACGCGGGUCGAUUCCUACGCCGGUUGAGUUUAACGCAGAGUCUAAAAAAGUCAGAUACGGGUUUGCCGCUUCUGCAGCAAGGACCUCCAUUUCAGAACUGUCACCAACAUCACAGAAAUGCGCUCCUUGGUCAGACACCACGAGCCAUCAGCUGAACAAAGUCAAUAACAAAGUUACUAGAAAAAUGGGAAAUACUUCUUUUGUCGUUGAAAAUGAAGGUGAAACUAGGCCUGAUUCUCACAGCACACAGAAUGGAUACCGGCCUCGAACAAGUAGCACGUCGACAUCGAUACACAGCAGACAAGAAUUUAGUUUAUUAAAAAAUAAAAGAAAAAAAUCUCUUAUAAGAGAAAACAGUAAUUACCCAGGAGGACCCUCAUCUAAUGACAAUGUACUCUACAUCAUGGCGUACCAGUCAAAUCUAAAAGUGUAUCAUUCCAGUUUUAACGGAUCUAGGCCAGAUUUUCAAAGUCCAGUUUGCCGAAUGCCAGAUUUCCGAGACCACUUUGCAGAAUCCCAGUUUGCAGAAUCCCAGUUUGCCGAACCCAGUGUGCCGAAAGUCAAUUAA